CUAUCUAUGGUUCGCAUACCUGCUCGAUUAGUUUGGUCUUCUUAACCGAGGAAUACAAAUCGAGCUGAAUCAUCGCGCGCCCAGCAUAUAGUUGACUGUUUUGCAGAAAAUAUGUUUCGAAACCAGUAUGACAAUGAUGUGACUGUGUGGAGUCCUCAGGGUCGUAUUCAUCAGAUUGAGUAUGCUAUGGAAGCAGUGAAACAGGGCUCAGCAACUGUAGGACUCAAAUCACGCACUCAUGCUGUACUUGUGGCCCUGAAGAGGGCUCAGUCUGAACUUGCUGCCCAUCAGAAGAAGAUCCUUCAUGUGGACAAUCAUGUUGGCAUUUCUAUUGCAGGACUGACUGCAGAUGCCAGACUCCUCUGCAACUUCAUGCGUCAGGAGUGUCUGGAUUCUAGGUUUGUUUUUGAUAGACCUCUACCUGUGUCUAGGCUGGUCUCGCUCAUUGGAAGCAAAACUCAGAUUCCCACCCAGCGCUACGGCAGACGGCCGUAUGGAGUCGGGCUGCUGAUUGCAGGUUAUGAUGAAAUGGGGCCGCACAUCUUCCAGACAUGCCCUUCAGCAAAUUACUUUGACUGUAAAGCCAUGUCGAUCGGCGCUCGCUCGCAGUCGGCCCGCACAUACCUGGAGAGACACAUGGAUUCAUUCCUUGAUUGCAAUCUGAAUGAUCUGGUUCAGCAUGGUCUCCGUGCGCUGCGUGAAACUCUACCUGCCGAACAGGAUCUGACCACAAAGAAUGUGUCUAUUGGGAUUGUGGGAAAGGAGAUGGAGUUCACCAUUUAUGAUGAUGCUGAUGUGGCUCGUUUUCUUGAGGGUCUGGAAGAGAGACCCCAAAGAAGGGUAGCACAGCCAGCAGAUGAAGCCGCUCCUGCUGUACCUGAUGAACCCAUGGAACACUGAGUCAUCGACUCAACUCUUCUCUCUAUCACUUCUUUAUUAUCAAUUCAGUUAAUAAGAUUAGCUUUGGAUUUCUGAACUAGAAUAAGACACGUUUCCCAUCACAGAUUACAUAUUAUUCAGUGAAACUCUUUGAUUAAUAAAGAGAAAAAAAGUCA